AAUAUGGGGACAGUGGUACAAGUUGGGUCCAGUGUCCUAGUCUGGAUGGCCUGUCUGCUUCUGGCAUACUCACCUAGUGACCCUUCUCUCCCAAUCUCAGGAUCCAAAGUCACUCAGCCUGAAGUGGAUACCCCCCUGGGUCGUGUGAGAGGCCUGCAGGUGGGUGUGAAGGGCACAGAGCGGCUGGUGAACGUCUUCCUGGGCAUUCCCUUUGCUCAGGCACCACUAGGCUCCCUGCGGUUCUCAGCCCCACUCCCACCACAGCCCUGGGAAGGCGUGAGAGAUGCCAGCUCCAAUCCCCCAAUGUGCAUGCAGGACGUAGAGAGAACGCGUAACAGCAGAUUCACCCUCAACCAAAAGUUUCAGAACUUCUCUAUUUCCGAGGAUUGCCUGAUCCUCAAUGUCUACAGCCCUGCUGAGACCACUGCAGGGGCCAGACUGCCGGUCAUGGUAUGGAUCCAUGGGGGCUCUCUGGUAGUUGGCUCCGCCACCUCCCAUGAUGGAUCAGCCCUGGCUGCCUAUGGCAAUGUGGUAGUAGUCACUGUCCAGUACCGUCUCGGCAUCUUUGGCUUCCUCAGCACCAGAGACAAGCACAUGCCUGGCAACCGAGGCCUCCUCGAUGUGGUGGCCGCUCUACGCUGGGUGCAGAGAAACAUAGCCUCCUUUGGGGGUGAUCCCAACUGCGUCACUAUCUUCGGUAAUUCUGCUGGUGGCAUGAUCGUCUCAUCCCUGGUCCUGUCUCCAAUGUCUGCGGGGUUAUUUCACAGAGCCAUAUCCCAGAGUGGGAUUAUUACCAACAAGAUAUUGAAGGAGAUAAACCCAUGGCCUGAAGCUCAGACCUUAGCCAACUCCUUGGGUUGCAGCUCCUUAUCCUCAGCUGAGCUGGUGCAGUGUCUGCUACAGAAGGAAGGAAAGGACCUUAACAAUCAGAAAAACGUGAAAGUUUCCUACAUAAGCAAUGACUCCUUCUUCCCACAAAGCCCAGAGAAGCUCCUAACGGAGAAGAAAUUCCCCACUGUGCCCUACCUCCUGGGAGUCAACAAUCAUGAGAUUGGUUGGCUCAUGCUCAAGGUCUGGAAUUUCCUGGAGAAGUUGGAACACUUGAGCCGGGAGGAGCUGCUGGAGAUUUCAAGGCCCUUUCUGACCAGUGUGGAGGUGCCCCCUGAGAUUAUGCCAAUCGUCAUAGAUGAAUACCUAGACAAUGGCUCAGAUGCACCAGCCAUGAGGUAUGCCUUCCAGGAACUAGUAGGUGAUAUCGCGUUCGUCAUUCCUACCUUGAUCUUCUCAAAACACCUCCAAGAUGCUGGGUCCCCUGUCUUCUUGUACGAGUUCCAGCAUACCCCCAGUUCUUUUGCGAAGUUCAAGCCAUCCUGGGUAAAGGCUGACCAUGGUUCUGAGAGUCCCUUUGUCCUUGGAGGUCCUUUCCUCACAGAUGAGAGCAACUUCCUGGCCUUCCCAGAGGCCACAGAGGAAGAGAAACAGCUGAGCCUCACCAUGAUGGCCCAAUGGACCCAGUUUGCACACACGGGGAACCCCAAUGGCAAGGGGUUGCCCUCUUGGCCCCAGUUAAACCAGUUAGAACAAUACUUGGAGAUUAGCCUACAGCCGCGGAUUGGGGAGAAGCUAAAGAAGAACCGGCUACAGUUCUGGACAGAGACACUGCCCAGAAAAAUUCAAGAGUGGGGCCAACAACAGAAGAGCAGGAAAGCGCCAGAGGAACUCUGA